AUGUGGGGAUGCAGGGUGAGCUCGGUUGAGAGCGUGCGGUUCAAAUGUCUGCGUAAGCUCACCCUCAUCUAUGUCAAAGUUGAUGACGGCACUUUGGGGACGAUAACGUCGGGCUGCCCUUUGCUCAGGAGCCUGGUCAUUGAAAGUUGUUUGGAGUUGCGAAACGUUAUGCUGAGCGAGGUGGCAUUGCCUGAGCUCAAGCACUUUGACUUGGAGAGUUACGAGUGGCGGGAAGAGUGUAGCAUCGUAAUCCAUGCCCUGAAUCUCCAGACGAUUUGCAUCAAGGGCCCAUGGAUUUGGUCUAACUGCCAAAGCACAUUCUUGUUCUCUCGUCUCACGAGUGUGAAUCUCAGUGAUGUGAUCAUGCUGAGCGAGUUGUUUGACUUGUUAUCGUUUGGCUGCCCGAUUCUUGAGAGCUUGACCCUAGAUAAUUGCCUCGGUUUCGAGGAAUUCCAUCUUGCAAAUGAUUCGGUCAAGUACUUGCGCAUCUCGACCGGAGACGAUUGGCUUAAAGAAGUUAGGAUUUGUGCACCGAACAUUGUCAGUUUUGAUUUCACUGCCAAUAUUCCCCAGGCGCCGCCGGACAUAUUCUCUUUCACGACCACUACUUCCAAGGAGUGGUAUUCAAAUGUAAUCCUCUCUUCGGGUGAGAAACAUCACGAUUUCGACGCCAAUUGGUGGUUCCUUAAGCUGAGACGAAUGCUCAAGACACUAAGUGGGUCUCAAAUUUCUUUGACCCUACAGAUGGACGAGGACCCUCAGAACGUUCCCUGUAGUUCUGUUGUCAGUGACGAGCCGCCUGUGGUGGUGCGGGACUUGGAUUUUACUACUUGUAAACGUCGCACGAUGUCUUGGUACUCAGAGUUUACGAAUUACUUGUUUCGUUUUUGUCGACCGAGUCACGUAUAUGGUUGUAGGCUCGUGAGCGAGUCGGCCAAGAACUACAGGCUCUCGAAGUUUCAGUUCAACAUCUUGCUUGCAAAGAUGAGCCUCAGGACCGAACCUUGCUUUUGGCAGCACGAUUUGGAGCAAGUGUUUGUGGAAAGUUUCGACGGGCAACAAUGGCAGCUCAUGCAAUGGACGAAGAUGGGGAAGUUGCGAAAACGAAAGCAAGACCGGAUGAUUCGCCUUAGGUUGAAAUGGAGAUUUAAGAAUGUUUCUAACGGACUCAUGGUCGUAUGA